UUUGAUUGUUCCAGAUGGAAAAAGACUGCUAUUCUGUUUUUUUUUUUUUUAAUUUGAGAUUUGUUUAGAUUUGGCUCCAGUGACACCGCCCAUGCCUCCCUCAUGCUGCUGUAACGCAGCGCCACCGGCUAGCUUCUGAUCACACGAGCUACGGUGUCCCGCGAAGCUCAGAAAGCAUCCGCGCUCGCGUUGUUUAAAUUACUUCUCCCUUCCUUCAAUGACGAUGGGUGACAUGAUAUCCGAGGAACUGGAAGAUUUGAUGCAUUUCUCCGUCCACGAUUUACCAGCUCGUGGUUAUUCGGUUAUGGAGGAGAUCCGACGACAGGGGAAACUCUGCGAUGUUACUCUUAAGGUGGGAGAGCAUAAGUUUAGUGCCCACAGGAUCGUUCUGGCUGCGUCCAUUCCCUACUUCCACGCCAUGUUCACCAAUGACAUGGUCGAGUGCAAACAGGAUGAGAUCGUCAUGCAAGGCAUGGAUCCCAGUGCUCUUGAAGCGCUGAUCAAUUUUGCAUAUAACGGACACAUAGCCAUAGAUCAGCAGAACGUUCAAGCGCUCCUGAUCGGCGCCAGUUUCCUGCAGCUGCAGAAUGUUAAAGACGCCUGCUGCUCUUUCCUUCAGGAGAGGUUGCAUCCAAAAAACUGCCUGGGUGUGCGCCAGUUCGCCGAGACCAUGAUGUGCACGACGCUGUAUGAUUCCGCCAACAGCUUCGUGCAUCAGCACUUUGUGGAGGUUUCCAUGUCUGAGGAGUUUCUGAGCCUGCGGCCUGACGAGGUGCUCGAGCUGGUGGGCUGUGAUGAGCUCAACGUCAAGGCUGAGGAGCAGGUGUUCGAGGCCGUCCUUGCGUGGGUGAGGCAUCAGAGGGAAGACCGCGAGUCCUGCCUGCCUGAGCUGCUUUCCAAGACCCGACUGCCCCUGUGCCGACCCCAGUUCCUGGCUGAUCGAGUCCAACAGGACGAGCUGGUGCGCUGCUGCCACAAAUGCAGGGAUCUGGUAGAUGAGGCAAAGGAUUAUCAUCUAAUGCCAGAGCGGCGGCCGCACCUUCCUGCCUAUAAGACACGGCAAAGAUGCUGCACGUCCAUCGCCGGGUUAAUCUACGCAGUCGGGGGUCUCAACAGUGCAGGUGACUCAUUAAACGUCGUGGAAGUAUUUGAUCCAAUUGGUAAUUGUUGGGAACGCUGUCAGCAAAUGAGCACGGCCCGGAGUCGAGUGGGCGUGGCUGUGGUCAACGGGCUACUGUAUGCUAUCGGGGGCUACGACGGCCAGUCUCGGCUCAGCACAGUCGAAGUCUACAACCCAGAAACAGACACGUGGAGUAAAGUCGCCAGCAUGAACAGUCAACGCAGUGCAAUGGGAACAGUGGUAGUCGAUGGACACAUAUACGUCUGUGGUGGCUAUGAUGGCAAGUCCUCACUCAAUUCAGUAGAGUGCUAUUCUCCAGAAACUGACAGAUGGACAAUAGUAACAGAGAUGAGCGCGAGUCGCAGUGCUGCAGGCGUGACGGUAUUUGAAGGGAGAAUUUAUGUUUCAGGUGGCCACGAUGGUCUGCAGAUUUUCAACACGGUGGAGUAUUACAACCAGCACACGGCACAGUGGCACCCCCUGUCCCCCAUGCUGAACAAGAGGUGCAGGCACGGCGCAGCGGCUUUGGGCAGUCAGCUCUACGUAGUGGGCGGCUACGACGGCUCUGGUUUCCUGAGCAGUGCCGAGGUGUACAGCUCUGCAGCCGAGCAGUGGAGCCAUCUGGUGGCCAUGAACACACGGCGCAGUCGAGUCUCACUGGUAGCUAACUGCGGUCAUCUGUACGCCGUCGGAGGCUACGACGGCCAGUCCAACCUCAGCUCGGUGGAGAUGUACGACCCAGAGACCAACCGCUGGACGUUUAUGGCGCCCAUGGUGUGCCACGAAGGCGGCGUCGGGGUUGGCUGUAUACCCCUGCAACCAGCUUAGCCAAUAAAUCCACGUUAACAAAGGAUUUUUAAAACGUUGUUUUUCUAGGUGGCGAACUUCCAUAACGCACUCGUGCAACUUGAUGUCCUAGCGUAUGUUUGCACUGGAAGGGCUGUGCUGUUGUACGUGAUGUUACAGAAAACCUACACACAGUGUACACACAGUGCAGCUUUGACAGGGAUGUGGAAUAACGUCUUUAUUCUGAUCAGAGAUUCAACGGUUAAAAAAAAAAAAAAAAAAAAAAAAAAAAAUCACACCUAUGUUCAUUUGGGGAUUGGCUGUCUUUCAUCAGGUGUUGUCAAACUGUGACAGUGACAAGCUUGAACAAGAGAGUAUGAGUGUAUAUAAGGGAAAAAAAGCAAGAAAGAAAUGAUGUCAUGACUGUAAGACUGGCUGACUGGCACUUUGUGUAUUAGGGCUCUUCAGUAUAGGGUGUUGUACACCAAUUAGGAUACAGACCACUUAAUUCCUGUUAGUGUGUGUAGUAGUGUGGUAGGGAAAUGUGUGAGAGUGAGACAUAAAGGGAUAAAAUCGCCUCAUAAACUGGAAGCUUACUAAAGAUGUGCAGGAUGGUGCAAGUUAACCACUGACAAGCAAAUGUAUGUUAUUUGGGAGAGUAUAAUCACACAUUAUUUAUAGGGAUAACAGGAGCUCAUUUUGAUCACUUUCUUUUUUGUGAUUUUUAUAGCAUGUGUUGUAAACAUUUUAUUUGGGAUAGCAUUUGCUCGGAGUGAACGCAGUGUCAGCGGACCAACGGAACCUCGAUGUAACUGUGCAAAACAUCCACCAGACGUGCCAUAUUCCAUACAGCCAUCACACUGGACUACUACAGGAUCAAGUUCUACCACUUCUCUGAGCACUUUGGGUUCUUACUGAAGAGGCCUUGUUGUUUGAGACACGGUGGCGCCUCCCGGUGGAGGGGAAACGGUUGGGACUGAUAACAACGGCCCGUCUUACCUCCUGAAUAGCUCUACAUUCCUCCUCUUUGUGGAUGGAAAUCAAUGCAUUUAAUACCAAAAAGAAGUGAUGUGAUGGUGUGGAAUUACCUAAUGACCAGCAUCGUCAGUGUCAUGUCCGUUAUCUGUGCAGUGACAUUGAUUCCUGGUGGUGAAAGUUAGAAUAAUGUGUCUGGCCAACCAGGCUCGGGUUGCAUGUGUGGAAAAUACGGGCUUUGUACAUUUUUUUUUCAGCCAGCUGCUUUGUGUAAUCACUAGUAACAACUCCUAAUUUGGGAUUACUGACUGUGAAUUUAGAGUAUUGGAUGUCCAUUUCCUCCUUUCCUCCCUUUUUCACCAUUCCUCUGCUGAUCUUGAUGGAUGUUGAAUUUACUAUAGCCUAGAUUAUGUAUUGUAACGUUCAGUCAUGGUGCAGUAUUUUAUACUACUUUACAUUUUUUUUUUAUUUCUGGACCACAAUUUUUUUAGUUGCAUUUUUUUGUGCAUAUUUUUUAUGACAUUGCACAUAAUAGUUCAGUAAUCUAUCUUAACUCUUAUUGAGAAUCAAGUUUAUAGAUAUAUAGUGUAAUAUAUAAGCAAAGGAUCAUGACAUGUGGCCUAGUGAAUCUUUAGUCUUUCUGUCUGUCUGAUGAUCUUUAGCUACCUCUGUUUGAGAUGGGAGAGCUUGAGCUUGUGUAGUGUGUGUAGAGAAAGAGACAGCCGCUCUGCUAACACCGUUUCUGUUUCAACUGAAGGAUCUCCAAACCAGUGACUGAAAUCUCGAGUGUGGGUCUUUUUCACAGUAUGGACAUCAUUUUGUAAAUGUCCUAAAUAAAUCAUGUGUUUUUUUUUUUUAA